AUGAAAUAUUGCAUUAUUUGCACAUUUCUUGUGAUUUUAGCUGGUUAUGUGCACGAUUUGUUUACUGUCUCAGAGGUAACUUCAACGACAGCGCGUGGCCAACCUUCAGCCGAAUAUUCAUGGUUUCCUGGCUAUAAGUGGACAAUCCAUGAAUGUGCAAACUGCGGGCAGCAUGUUGGCUGGCGAUUCACCAGUUCAAAGCUAUUGCCAGCUUCGUUUUUCGGAUUAACUCGGAGCGCAAUCCGCCCGGCCGAUUCGCGACAUCCGGUCGCAUCAAAUGUUCAGCGCAUUGAACAGCUAGCUAUUGUAUAG